AUGUCUCAAGUUCAAAGUUCCGGAUUGGCGGACCUUGAGAAAGAGCUGGUAUGCUCGAUUUGUACCGAGCUCCUCUACCAGCCCCUCACUCUCCUCGACUGCCUCCACACUUUCUGCGGAUCCUGCGUGAAAGAAUGGUUCUCCGCACAAGGGUCGCGUCGUUCCCGCGCUUCGCCUCCAUUCACGUGUCCUUCCUGUCGUGCUGAAGUGCGCGACACCCGCCCAAAUGCCACCGUGACGACCCUGCUGGACAUGGUCCUGACCGCACACCCAGAUCGCGCCAGAGCAGCAGAUGAAAAGGCAGAAAUUGCUACCAGGUACACCCAGGGCGAGUCGGUAUUCCCAGCACUUCCCUCGGGCGGGGAAAGCGCGGAGGAGGAUGGCGAGGACGAUAGACGCAUUCUAGAGGAAGUACGUGAGUUGAGCCUACGCGAAAGCCGGGCACAAGCUAGACGCGAGACCAGGCGGACGGACCAAUCUUCGCGGACGCGUGAAAGGAGCACCAAUACCGAGAGGCCUACGGAGGACAGCCGGUCAAGGCGUCGGAGGGAUGACGAUACAACGCGGCAGCAACGUACAUUACGGCCCGAUGAUUCGGACCGUACGCGACGGGUGGAGCAUCAAUCUAGUCUGCGCUCAUUGCUGAGUUUGUCCUCGGAUGCGGAGACCAUGGAGGAGGAAAUCUUGCGGCAAAUUCUUGAGGACGGAUUACUGGACAACAUCAAUCUUGAUAAUCUUGGGCCAAGACAAGAAGAGGAACUCAGUGAACGGAUUGCGGAUGCUUACCGUCGGAGGCAUAUGCAAAGACCACAGUCUCGUCAGCGACCAGAGGCUGAUGGAGCUACGCGAACACAUGCGAGGUCCGAGUCCGCCCACAGGACUGCAGAACCAACGGCGGCUACCCGAGAACACAAUGUCAGACGACCGCCAGUUUCCAGACCGCAUCUGUUCGAUUCGGCUCCCACGCGGCCUAGCACCGCAGGUCACCAAAGGCGCAGCUCAGAACAAGUGAGUGGGCGCCGAAGGACCUCCCCCGUCCGAACGAAUCAGGCAUCUGCAUCGGAUGAAGCCAUACGGCCUGCUGCCCGAUCCGCGAGUGAUAUAACUGCAGAUCGCCACGUCUCUCAGACUGGGCGCUUGCGAUCAGAAUCAGCAUCAGCCAGGCCGCGACGUGCCACCGAGUCAGAACAGAGUAUCUCAAGAGCGUGGGUGACCGGAGGACGAGAACGAAGCUCUUCUAGACAGUCCACGAGUCAAUCAGCCACGAAUUCUCCCAUUUCUGGCGCUGCGCCCUCAAAUUCCUCCCGCAAUUCGCUUCACACGGAGCACACCAUUCCGUCAUUAUCUUCGCCCCUUGUUCCAAUCCGGUCGGACAGACGAACAAGACCAUCUUCGUCCCGAUCCAACGUUCCUGCGUCGCCCACUGUACAAUUCCCCGAGCCAUCCAUCUCCUGUGACCGCUGCGGGAAAGGCAACAUCCAAUAUAAUCUACACAAGAAAUGCCCAAGUUGCAAGGAUGGGAACUUCCACCUGUGUCUACAAUGUUACCGCUUGGGACGUGGCUGUCUUCGAUGGAACGGAUUUGGCGCAUCCGCACAUACAACCUUCCAACGAAUUAUAUCGUCGUCUACUCGACGCCCUCUGCAAAUGAAUGACCCUGGUCAUGUCUUAAUGUGGUUCAAAUACCUACGGCCCUCCGAGACUGCCCAUCGAACGAUGAGCGGAGAAAGGCAAAUGACCAGCGACAACCCAGUCCGCCGGCUACAAAGCGGCCUCUUCUGUGAUACGUGUCAAUCGCAGGCAAACGAUUGUUUUUGGAAAUGCAACCAGUGCAACGAUGGAGACUGGGGUUUCUGUAACUCCUGCGUUAACCAAGGACGAUGCUGCACCCACGCCCUGUUACCCAUCCGGCGCUUUACCCAUGGUCCACCUCCAUCAGCGCCGUCCACCACACCGCCGCCGGCUGAAUCAAAUACCACCCCUACUCCAUCCGAGGUCGAGAGCUUCAAAAUUCUCUCAUUCUCAACAAACUGCGAUAUCUGCACCUACCCAAUCCCAGCCUCAAAUACCCGCUAUCACUGCCUAGAAUGCAAUGGCGGUGACUACGAUGUCUGCACGAACUGCUACCUCAAACUCGUGGCAACAGGCAAAAUCAACAAAGAGAACGGGCACAACGGCUGGCGUCGCUGCCUUGCCGGCCACCGCACGAUAGUUGUCGGCUUCGAAGACCACGAAGAAGGUCAACGCCGCGUCAUUGUCCGUGAUCUUGUGGGUGGCCGCGCCCUGAAUGAAAAGCACGUAGCACAAUCACAACUACAAUCACCAACUUCCUCCCCAGCAAGCGGUGGCCCCGUUGCAUCCCCGGAACAAGGAAUCGGUGACUGGAGCUGGGAGGACGGCCCCGAGCGCCGUAAGAAAGCAUCCCGUCUGCGUGGCGGGCCUGCCCCCAUGAACAGUACCACCGGAAGUACUACUGCCGGCUCUGAUCCCUCAAAUCCACCCCCUUCCAGUGCCACCGCGACUCCGAUUAUCCCACCCUUCCGCCGGUUCCCGCCUGACGGUGGUGUCGGCCUCAUCGUCUACGCUCGGUGGUCUUGGUACCCAGAAGAAGAAGUCGAAGACGAGCUUGUUUUCCCGCGUGGUGCGCAUAUCACUGAAUCUGAGAAUAUCAACGACGAUUGGUUCUGGGGAUGUUACGCUGGCCGAACGGGACUGUUCCCUGGUUCGCAUGUCGAAUUCGUCAGGGAGGUUCAUAGGUAA